AUGCUUUCUGUCUGUCUGCGUUUGAACUCGUCUGUUAUGCUUUCUGUCUGUCUGCAUUUGAUCCCGUCUCUUAUUCUUUCUGUCUACUCUUAUGAUUUCUGUCUGUCUUCAUUUGAUCCCGUCUCUUAUCCUUUCUGUCUAUUUGCAUUUGAUCCCGUCUCUUAUUCUUUCUGUCUGUCUGCAUUUGAUCUCGUAUCUCAUGCUUUCUCUCUAUUUGCAUUUGAUCCCGUCUCUUAUGCUUUCUGUCUAUUUGCAUUUGAUCCCGUCUCUUAUUCUUUCUGUCUGUCUGCAUUUGAUCUCGUCUCUUACCCUUUCUGUCUGUCUGCGUUUGAUCCCGUCUCGUAUGCUUUCUGUCUGUCUGCAUUUGAUCCCGUAUCUUUUCUGUCUCUGCAUUUGAUCUCGUCUCUUAUGCAUUCUGUUAUGCUUUCUGUCUGUCUGCGUUUGAACUCGUCUGUUAAGCUUUCUGUCUGUCUGUCUGUCUGUCUGUCUGUCUGUCUGCAUUUGAUCUCGUCUCUUAUGCUUUCUGCCUGUCUGCAUUUGAUCACGUCUCUUAUUGUUUCUGUCUGUCUGCAUUUGAUCCCGUCUCUUAUUCUUUCUAUCCCGUUUUUUUUUCUCUGUCUGUCUGCAUUUGAUCUCGUCUCUCAUGCUUUCUGGCUUUCUGAAUUUGAUCCCGUCUCUUAUUCUUUCUGUCUGUCUGCAUUUGGUCGCGUUUCUUUUCUGUCUCUGCAUUUGAUCUCGUCUCUUAUGCUUUCUGUCUGUCUGCGUUUGAACCCGUCUGUUAUGCUUUCUGUCUGUCUGUCUGCAUUUGAUCUCGUCUCUUAUGCUUUCUGUCUGUAUGCAUUUGAUCCCGACUCUUAUGCUUUCUGUCUAUUUGCAUUUGAUCCAGUCUCUUUUUCUUUCUGUCUGUCUGUAUUUGAUCCCGUCUCUUAUUCUUUCUGUCUGUCUGCAUUUGAUCUCGUCUCAUUCUUCCUGGCUUUCUGA